UUACGUUGUGUUGCUAGGCAACAGCUGCGGAGAGUUUGUACUAGCUGACCAGCUAACCCGGUUUGCUCCUGACCAAUCAAGUUUUAAAGUAAUUGCUCUGAGGAGGUUCGUCCCCAAUGGCCGGUGUUCUGAUAGACCCGAGCCGGGCUCCGGUGCCCUUCGGCCGGUGGGCCGUACCGCAGCUGUUUGAGGAGCUCCGGCGGCCGGAGACCGACGGGAGGCGGCGAGCUCUGGCCUCACUCUGCGACCUGAUGCACGACCCGGAGCGGAUCUACCAGACCGUUAACGGAGGUUUCCUGGAGCAGUGCAGGGAUUUGUUGAUGGACGAAGACCCGUCGGUCAGAACAGAAACCUGUGAGCUGCUAAACCUGCUGACCGGCCAUGCCAUCGGCAGACAGGCCCUGCUCUCCUCCUCGCUCCUGCCUCCUCUCUCUCAGCUGCUGGACGACGACUCGUCCUCCUGCAGGACUGGCGCCCACCACGUGCUGAACUGCCUCGCCCAGCUGCCUGCAGCUGCAGAGGCCCUCCUCAGUCUGGUUCCUAAACUGAUGCUGAAGCUCGGAGAAGAGGAGGAGGAGGAGGCGCAGGUGCUGCUCCUCUCCACUGUCAGCUACUGCUCCAGGAUGGACCCUCUGCCAGCCCUGAGCUACGAUGGCGUCUCGCUGCUGGGCCACAAACUCUCCCACAGAUCCCCGAACAUCCGCAGAGAGGCAGCUGCAGCUAUGAUGGCCCUCAGCGUUCUUGACGACGGGAAGCGGCAGGUGUGCGAGGGGGCGCUACUUCCUGUCUUGGUCCAUCUGCUGCAGGACGAUAACCUUGAGGUUCAGACCAACGCUGCAGGAGUCCUCAUGUACACUCUGAUCCUCACCACAGGUAAGCAGCUGUGCCUGGAGCUAGGCAUCAUCCCUGUGCUGCUCCACCUGGUGAAGAGAGACGAGCAGGCAGAGGAGAAGGUGAGGAAGGCCCUCAUCCUGUACUCCCUGCGGGCGCUGACCUCCCUGGCUGAAGCUCCCGAUGGCCGCCACCUCCUGCUGGAGCAGCUACCCCUGCUGGUGAGGAGAAGCGAGGCUCCAGAAGAGGACCAGGACAUCCGGCAGGCCGCUCAGACCGCCAUCAGGGUCAUCAACCGGGCCUCCUGAGACACCGUGACCUCUGAGCUCCAGAGCAGGCUGGUCUCAGCUGGUACGAUCAUAAAUAAAAUAACUGACUAUAAAUCCUAUGUAAUGUGAUAUGCACAGUGCAGUAAAUGUGUACAGUGUGCAAAGAUUCAUGAAUCGCGUUCUCUUCUUGGUUAAACUAGUAUUUUUUAACCUGUCUUGCUUGUACUUGGUGCUACAAACUGUGUGAUCUUCACCCUGUCAGGUGCAGUAUAGACCUGGUGAAACAAGGAACUGAUGAAGUGGAUAAUGGAUAAAAAGAAAAUGAAUAUAUUAAACAGAAUAACUGGC